UUUACGUUUCCUGAAUCCUGGAGGGCUGCAAUGAAUAUGUAUGAGAAGUGUGUCAGAGAAGAUUGAGGAUCGAGGAGGAACAUUAAUAAACAGCACAUUAACUCAGUGUGGUUUAGUUUAACAAGAUUUUUAAUCGCGUAAUUCAGUUUUAAUGGACGGAGGAUAUUUGAAUAUGGACAGCAAUCUUCAGCGUUUAAAACACGAACUGGAUUGUUUGUGGCAGACAGAUGAGGGUCUUCACACUCAGAUGAAUACUGUGAUUGGUGCCCUCCAGGAGCUCAAACUUUUGCAGGUCCAAACUGCACUGGACGAGCUGAACUUCCCCAGUAAAACCAGCCAGAUCUCUCCAUUUACCUGCGCUCCAAACAACCACAGCUCAAGAGAAACCAAUCUGAACCAAACACUAGAUUCAGAAAGAGAAAAUCUUUCAGACGAACAUUGUAAGACUGCGUUUAGCACAGAACCUUCUUUAUUCCUCACAAGUUCUCCAUUAGAGAAACGCAAUAUAUCCAGGACACAGGAACCCAUGAGGAUCCAGCACAGGGGAAGUCUAAGCACUUCCUCGUCUUUCUCCACCUCUCAAGAAGAUACACUUGACAGCCAUUUCUCCGCAUAUGAUAAUGAAGACUCUAGUGAUUGGACAUCCUCACUGAUGAAUCACAGCAGAAACAGACAGCCGUUGGUGUUGGGUGAUAAUGCGUUCGCUGAUUUGGUGGGGAACUGGCUGGACCUGCCAGACGUUGGUUAUCAAACUGCAGGUGAGGUGGAAAGUGACACAAGCCUCAGAGACACGGCAGAGUCAUCACUACCUACCAGUCACUCGCAGGAGCUUUCCAGAACACUCUCGCUAACUGCUAACAUCUUCAAACGUGUCCUACGCCGCGUUCGACCAGGGACAAGUCAUCUCUUGGAGGACUCUCCCGGACAGCCCAACCAAAGAAAUGAGGAGAUGGAGGUCUUUAAACAACCAAAGAUUACAUGCAGAAAAUCAAAGGGGGAUGCAAGCAAGCCAUUCUGGAUGAGAACAAGAGGACUGAGAAAGAAACCCACACCCAUUCAGCAGGAGGGCGUGGCUUACCACAGCUCAGAGGGUUUGAUAGGCGGAGGAUGGGCACAGACUAUAGAAAAGCACAAUUCAGAUGUGUGGGUCUAAAAGAAUGAAAAAUAUCAAUAAUCUACAUAGAGAAUGUUAAAUGCAUUGCUUAAUGGUUUGUGGCUAGAAGGGAUACAGCUAUAUCCGAAAUCUCAUGACAUCUCACUGGAUGAGCACUGUUUAUAUCCUAAUCUUACCCCCAAACCUAACCCUAAACCCAACAAAUCACAAGAUUUGCCGUAGCUGUAUCCCAUCUAGCCAUAGCUGUAUCCUAUCUAGCCAGACCCCAACUGAUGCUUUAUUGCAAAUACAGGUGUAAAACAAUUGCCAAGAUACUUUUAAAGGAUUAAAUGAAGAGGAAAAAACAUAUAUAAAAGUAGCACUCUUUAAGAAAUUAAUUCCAAAGAUUUGUUAGGUAAACUCCACUUAUUGAUAUUUUUUCAUUGAUUGAAAGAGUUAAGAGUAAAAAAUGCUGUGUUUGUGCUGAUGUUUAUGCCUGUCAAGAAGUCUAUUAAAAGUCCUGCUUGGUGCAUUUUUCACAAACCUCACACAUGCUGUUGCAAAAACCCACAGCUUUGCACAAUUUUUUUCUAUUGCCUGUAAAAAAAACUAUAGCCUAUGCAGUGACGAAUAACUAUGCAAAAUAUUUAUAAAAACCUGGCAAAUGUGAAUACCAGCAUGAUCGUUUUUUCUGUAAUGCCUACAAAUUAAUGACUUGCUUUUUGCCCUCUUAUUAUGAAUAAAGUACAUGAAAAGGCGUUUAAAAAAAAAAUAUUUCAAACAUCUGUUAUCACAUUACUCAUGACUUGUGGCCAAAAAAAAUAAAAACUGCUUUUCAAUCUUGAAUGCAACACGUUAGGGGAUGUGAACAACUGGAAGUGUAAAUUGCUUAUGUUGUAAUAUUCCUCAUUUGUAAGUUGCUUUGAACAAAAUGUAUAAAUCUAGAUUAAAAAAAUGCUGUAUGUUUAUAUAAAUUGAGCAGAAUUGAUUCUGUAAUGGUCUGUUUUGAUGAAUGGACUUUUAAAAAUGUACAUAAAACAUCAAAUCAAUAUUAAAUUUAUUGAUCAAAAAACACACACACACAAAUUAAUUUAAAAUAAAAUCAAAAGCCAGCCAGACAUUUUGCUUGAAAUAUUCAACAAAACAAAAUCAAGAUGAACUAAAGUAAAAUAUCUUGAGACAUCAUGACAUAUUUAACUUGGCAACUGAAGUGUGAA